CUCGGACACCAUGAAGAGGAGCCGUCGUUCAGCGUCUCCUUUGAGAAAAAGGACAAGCGCGGCGUGACCUGCAGGCCAACAUGCGAGCCAGGAAGUGCACCAUGGAGACCCAAGAUGAUGGAGAAGGGAAGCCAAAAUCUAAAGGCUUCAAGAAGCAAGAGGAAAACGCAGCAGAGCCUUCAAAGAGGAAGGUCAAAGUCCAGCGAGAGGAGAAGGAGAAAAAGAUGGCGAAAUUAAACUUGUCCAAGAAUGAUUUGCUCCAGCUGCUGGGGAUCAUGGAGGGGGAAGUCCAGGCCCGAGAAGACAUCAUCAGCCUGCUGAGGUCGGAGAAAAGCCGAAUGGAGAAGUUGGAAUCGCAUUAUGGAUCAGCCCUUCCCGCCGAAGCACUGAAGGCCCUGCAGAGGGAUGGCAUGGUCACCCAGGACGAUGGCUGUACGGACGACGUGUACGAGAAGCCAAUUGCCAAGCUGGAGCGUCUGGAGCACAAGCAGAAAGAGACGUACCGCCGCAUGUUGGAGCAGCUGCUGCUCGCCGAGAAAUGUCACCGCCGCACCGUCUUGGAGCUCGACAGCGAGAAGCGCAAACAUGCCGACUUCAUGAACAAAAGCGACGACUUCACCAACCUGCUGGAGCAGGAGAGGGAGAGGCUAAAAAAGCUGCUGGAGCAGGAAAAGACCUACCAGGCUCAUAAGGACAAAGAGCACAACCGACGGCUGGAGAAGAUCAGAGCAGAGUUGGUCCAACUCAAGUCAUUCGCCCUCAUGUUGGUGGAUGAGCGGCAGCUGCACAUGGAGCAGCUGGAUCUGCAGAGCCAGAAGGUCCAAGAGCUUGCUCAGAAGUCACAGGAAAAAGAGCAGCGGUUAGCGGCAGUCACCGACGCUGCAAAGGAAGACAGCCAAAAGGUCCUCAAGCUUGAGGCCGAACUGGAGCACAAGGUGGCCACUUCCAAACUAGAGCAUGAGGAGAUGACCACCAAACUAUCCAACCAAGAGUCCCAAAGUCGACAACUGCGAUUGAAGCUAGCUGGACUUGCGUCCAAGAUUGAAGAGCUGGAGGACAGCAACAAACUGCUGCAGAAAUCCGAGGAGGAGCUGCAGGAGCUGAGGGAGAAGAUCAGCAAUGGUGAGUGUGGGAGUUCCUCCCUCAUGGCUGAGCUGGAAACUCUCCGGAAGAAGGUGCUGGAAAUGGAAGGCAAAGAUGAGGAGAUAACCAAAAUGGAGACUCAGUGCAAGGAACUUCGAACGAGACUGCAGGACGAGGUGAACGUCAGCAAGGAGCUGAGGCUGGAGGUGGACAAGCUGCACAAGAGAAUGGUUGACCUGGAGAAACUUGAGGGUGCUUUCAGCAGGAGCAAGACAGAAUGUUCUGCACUCCACACAAACCUGGAGAAAGAGAAGCGUGUUGUGACAGACCUGGCCGGCGAGCUGGAGAGGAUCAAGACACGGCUCAAAGAACUGGAGUCUCUGGAGGCCAAGUUUGAGAGGGCAGAAAUGAUACUCAAAGAUGAUCUCAUGAAGCUCAAGUCCUUCACUGUUAUUCUGGCGGACGAAAGGAAAAACAUGGCGGACAAACUGAAACGGGAAGAGCAGAAAAGCGAGGAUUUAAGUAGGAUGUUCAAGGCAGAGGAAUGUAAAGUUACGGCGGUCACAGAGAAGCUGAUCGAAGAGAGCAAAAAACUUCUCAAAGUUAAAUCUGAUAUGGAGCUCAAAGUAACAACUGUGACUGAGGAGAAGGACAAAAUCAAAGGGAAACUGACAAGCGAGGAGGAGAGCUGUCGGCAGCUGAACAGGAAACUGUGUGGAAUGAAAGCAGCAAUGGACAAACUAGAGGAAACGGAGAGGAUGAGGACAAAUAAACAAGCGGAUGACAACAACAGAAUAAAAGAGCUCACGCUAGAAAUUGAAAGCCUCAGGAGCCGCCUCAAGCAACUGGAGGUUGUCCAGGGUGAUUUAAUGAAGACAGAGGAUGAAUACGACCUGUUGGAGAAGAAGUUCCGGACGGAACAGGACAAAGCCAACUCUCUCUCCAAACUUGUAGAAGAAAUGAAAAGUCAGUUGGCCAGGAGCAAAGCUGUGGAAAAAGGUGAGGUCAUGGGUCCAGAGGCCCAGCUGAGAAUGCGCUGCAAGAUGGAAGAGGCAAAGAGCAGAGAUCUCGAGGUGGACAUUCAGGCCUUGAAGGAGAAGAUCCAUGAACUGAUGACCAAGGAGGACCAGCUGUCUCAGCUGCAGGUGGAUUAUUCCGUCCUCCAGCAAAGGUUUGUGGAGGAGCAGGAGAGCAGGAAGAGUAUCAGUCAAGAGGUAGCCAACCUCAGCCAGGAACUGGAAGCCACCAGAAGAUACAGCCGCGCCCUGAGGCCUGGAAUGAACGGAAGGCGGAUGAUGGAUGCUGCGCUUACAUCCACAGCUGUGCAGACUGAUGUGUUGGCCAAUGAGUCUGCCGAUGAUGACACAGCGGCAGGCUUCAUCCGCAAGUCAGUCCUGGAGGAGAAACACCUAAUGAGCAAUCUAAGGCAGCGGGGUCUCAAACAGCCCAGUGUUCUAGAACGUUACCCGCCAGCGUCAGCAGAGUCAGAGGCCAGGAGGUCGUGGAUGCCAUGGAUGAAGAAGGGAGAGGCCAUCUCUGUCAAGCACACCACUCCUGAGAGGACGCCUCUUCUCUCACCUGAGGUUUCCACGUCCCAAAAGUCAGGCCAGCCGCUUCACAUCCGGGUGACCCCUGACUCUACGAACAGUACAGCCACCUUGGAGAUCACCAGCCCACGAGCUGAGGACUUUUUCUCCAGUACCACCAUCAUCCCAACCCUGGGUCUUCAGAAACCUCGCAUCACCAUUGUCCCAAAGGCGACAGGUGUGACUGGGAAAACCAAAGCCUGCGACAUGUCUGAUCGAGCCAUGUCCCCAGUUACCAUAACAACCAUCUCUACAGCCAAAAGUCCCAGCAAGAGUGGCUCUAAGGAUCCCCAGCCUGCCGUGUCCAUCAUUACGGUCAGCACCAGCCCGGUAACAGAAGCGCAUGCUUCACCAGAAGGUCACAGAACAAGCACGAGCCGCACCGUGAUCCAGGAUUCUGGUGCCGCAUCGCUUCGAAAUUACAACAACAACAUUGUGACAACGGAGGACAACAAGAUUCACAUCCACCUGAGGCCGUCAGACCAACGGGAGAUCCCCAUGGGGACAGUCCUCCGUUCCCCUCGCCAACCCUCAGGCGGGAGCAAAAUGACCAGCAGCUUAACCAUCACACCCGCCACCUCGGCACCGUGCAGGCCCACGCAAUCUGUGCCCAGUUGGGAGGUGCAGUCGGCCACACCACUCCCUGUGUCAAGGGCUUUGACAGUCAGCAGCAAGACUCUGGACGCGUCCACGGCGACAAAGUUAGAGUCACGUGAGGGCCAGCUGCUGAAAAUCGAACUGAGGAAGUCCUCUGCACCAAUAGGGGAGAGCUGAGCCAUCAGGCGUUGCCAUGGCAAUCUCUUGAGGUGUGAUCGGGGAUCUGAUCUGAUCAGCUGAUCAUUUUGGCAAGUUAGAGUCAGCCAACUAUUGAAUGUUUUCUAUGCUGGACAUGGCCCCAGUCAGUAAAUACCCUUUUAAUCUCACCCAUCACUUUUAGGAGGUUUUCAGCCACACUGUGUAUUGAAUUGAGUAUCCAAA